CAGCUGAUUUUUGGGCCUUGGUUACCACACAAGGAGAGGCCCGUAAGGUCUCAGACCCCUUCGGUGAUGAAGCUUACUCGCAAACAGGUUUUGUCCCGAGCCAAAGCUUCGGAGCUGGAAAAUGUGAGGAAGCUGAACUGCUGGGGAAGUCGUCUUACUGAUAUCUCAAUAUUUCAUGAGUUGCCUAACAUUGAAGUUAUCACAUUGAGUGUAAAUAACAUACCCACCUUAGAACCAAUAAGCCACUGUCAGAAUCUGACGGAACUUUAUCUAAGAAAAAAUAAUAUAGCAAGCUUAAAUGAGCUGUACUACCUAAAACGGCUUUCCAGACUGAAGAUCUUAUGGCUGUCGGAGAACCCUUGCUGUGGUACAGAUCCUAAUAAAUACAGAAUGACUGUACUUCGAAACCUUCCCAAUCUUCACAAACUUGACAAUCAAGCAGUGACACAAGAAGAGCUUGCACAAGCCAUCAAACUGGGUGAGGAGAUAACAGCCCCUCCAAAUGAAAUUCUAAAUGCAGACAAUGAUAUCCAGUCUGAACCAGCCGCUGAUCAGGAUACUGCGGAAAACCGCACAGUGUCAGAAAAUGAUUUACUGAACUUCAGCAUGGAAGAGACAAACAAAAUUCGCCAGCAGCUAGGGAUGAAACCACUCCCCAGAGAUAAGUUUUCCUCUUUCUCACCUCUCUCGCCUUUGGAGACAGAGGGAAGCAGGAAAAAAAGGAAUAACAUUCUUAAUGCAGUUUUACUUCUGCUGAAAGAUUUGGACACAGAGGGGUUGGAAAUUGUUCAGCGAACUGCUUGUAAUCGACUGCUACAACUUCAGAAGAAAGAACUCCAACUGGAAAGCUAAAGGCCUUAACACUUUAAGUUGAUAAAUGCAUGUUUUAGCUGAGCCUAAACAUCUCAGUCAUACUUAUCACAAUCAAAACAAACAUUUGUUGUAAUAAAUGCUAAUUUAGAAAUAGAACUUACCUUGGAAAAGUAGCUUGAGAUUUUUGCUGUAUCGUUAUGAAAUCAUGCAACAAUACCACAAUCCAGAAACAAAUAUAGCAGUUUUUUUGUAGAAAAUUAACAUGUAGUUGUAUUCAUUAAACAUUUCUACCAGAAAUGUGCUGGUCUGCAUGUAGUGAUACUGUAUUUUUUGCCUACUUUGCAUUAUCCUUUGUUUAAUUCUACAAGUUUCAGAAGUAGAAUUCAGGAGACUAUAAUUUAUUCAGUUAGUAAUUUAAGGUCUUUUAACUGUCUAUUUGUUAAUACAUUCAUUAAGUCUUUUUUUUUUUUUAACAUUUCUUCUUAAAGGAUAUUUUAGGCAAAAAUGUUCUAUCAUGCAUGUGAAAAAUCAUGAGUCAGAUAUGUAUUUUUGUAUGAAAAAGGUAAAUUAAAGCUAUUUAAACAAAUAAAAACUAACAGAGAAUGCA